AUGGCUGGGCUCCUGGGGCUCCAGCUGCUCUCCGUGCUCCUCGUGCUCCCCUGCAACCUGGCUGCCCAAGAAGUGUGGCAGUCCCCUACCUACACGAUCGCUUUAAAGGGGGACUCUGUCAACAUCACCUGCUCCAGCCGGGGGCCCCUGCUUGGCAUCUACCUGAAGCAAAGGUGGCCGAAAUGCAGCAACGUGAUUUACUAUGAAAACGGGAGGGAGCCCACCGUGGACCAGCGGUUCCAGGGCCGCGUCACCUUCUCAGGGCUGCAUUACAACCUGACCAUCAGCAUGCACCACCUGCAGCUGGCCGACACCGGUGACUAUGCCUGCCAGGCCAUCAUGGAUAACGAGGUCUGGGGCCCCGGGACGUUGGUCGUGGUGACAGAAAAGCUGCCCCAAACAGUGAACACGUGCCAGGAGACUCAGCUGAUACACUUUGCCCUCCCCACGGCCCUGGCUGUGGGCUUCUUCCUCGUCGGACUGGGGCUAGGAGCAGUGUUUGUGCUGAGAAGGACACAGAUCCAGAAACUUUGCUAUGCGAGGGAUAAGAACGUGAUCUACGAGGACAUGUCCCACAGCCGCUGUAACACCAUGUCCAUUCCCAACCAGUACCAGUGA